AAGCAUUUUCCUCGUUGUAAUGUGCAAUUAACAAAUCCUCAUAGAGAAAUCCUUUCAUUUACCAAAAGCUUGACUUUGAUAUCAAGGUUCUCCUCCAUAUCUCAAGAAUCCCCUCAAUCCAUUCAAAACUGCAGACUUCAUUGAUAAGCCACUCAAAGAAAGAUGGGGAGGGGCAAAAUUGCGAUAAAGAGGAUCGAUAACUCAACGAGCAGGCAAGUGACCUUCUCGAAGAGGAGAAAUGGGCUGUUGAAGAAGGCCAAGGAGCUCUCGAUUCUCUGCGAUGCACAAGUUGGUUUAGUCAUAUUCUCCAGCACAGGCAAACUUCAUGAGUUUUCCAACACCAGCAUGAAAUCAGUUAUCGAACGCUACAAUAAAAUGAAAGAGGAACACCGUCAGCUGCUUAACCCAGAGUCUGAUGUAAAGUUUUGGCAAAGGGAGGCGGCAACCUUAAGCCAACAAAUACAGGAAUUGCAGGAAAAUCAUCGGAGAUUGAUGGGAGAAGAGCUAUAUGGAUUGAGUGUGAAUGAUCUACAAAGAAUAGAAGACCAGCUAGAAUUGAGUCUACGGAGCGUGCGCAUUAAAAAGGAGAAGAUAUUAACAGAAGAGAUUGGAGAGCUUAAUAGAACGGGAAGCUUCAUCCAUCAGGAGAAUGCGGAGCUCUACAAGAAGGUAAAGCUCAUUGAACAAGAGAACAUGGAACUAUAUAAAAAGGUUUAUGGGGUAAAGGAUACAAGUUCAGCAAAUGGAAGUGGUUAUAGUUUGUGUAUGAGCAGAGAAUUUCACGGACCCAUCCAACUGCAGCUAAGCCCUCCUACUCCACACCUCGAAACGCCUCAAAAGCUAAUUACAGACUCCAUCUGACCAAUACUCAUUCAUAUUUUUUGUAUUUUUUUGAUCAACUCCACCACUGUCCAUAAUUAAUACUCCCCAUUAAUUGUGUUAAGCUUUCUACUGAUAUAUGUGACCAGAAUGAAAUUAAUACUCCAUGUGACAACCAGUUUUAUUUGAUCUCCAAGAACAUAUACAAGAAUCACGAUC